AUGUGGAAGGAAAUAGAUUCAGUACGCUUGUUAGACCCCAGGAAGAUAAUCGAGGUGAAAAUCAUCGACGACGAAGAGUACGAGAAGAACAAGACGUUCACCAUCGAGCUGGGGGAGCCUGUGCUGCUGGAGAUAGGACAGAAACACGGCGACUCCAAUGAGAACAAGCCAUUGGUGGGAGCAGAGGAGGAAGAAGUGGCCAAGAUGGGAUGUCCCAGUCUGGGCGAGCACACACAGCUGGAGGUGAUCAUAGAAGAGUCCUACGAGUUCAAGAGUACGGUAGAUAAGUUGAUCAAGAAGACGAACCUGGCCUUGGUGGUGGGAAGCAGCAGCUGGAGGGAGCAGUUUGUCAGCGCCGUGACUGUCAGCGCAGGAGACGACGACGAGGAGGAGAGCGGCGAGGAGCGCCUGCCGUCCUGCUUCGACUACAUCAUGCACUUCCUCACCGUCUUCUGGAAGGUCCUGUUCGCCUUCGUGCCGCCCACCGAGUACUGGAACGGCUGGGCCUGCUUCAUCGUCUCCAUAUCGCUCAUCGGCGUGCUGACAGCGGUCACCGGAGACCUGGCGUCGCACUUCGGCUGCACGAUAGGACUGAAGGACUCGGUGACGGCGGUGGUGUUCGUGGCGCUCGGGACGUCGGUGCCAGAUACGUUCGCCAGCAAGGUCGCCGCCAUCCAGGACCAGUACGCCGACGCCUCCAUCGGCAACGUCACCGGCUCCAACGCCGUCAACGUCUUCCUGGGCAUCGGCGUGGCGUGGACCAUCGCCGCCAUCGCCUGGCGCUCCAAGGGGAAGCCGUUCAAGGUGGAUCCGGGCAGCCUGGCCUUCUCCGUCACCCUCUUCACCAUCCUGGCCGUGGUGUGCGUGCUCACGCUGCUGUACCGGCGGCGGGCGUCGGUGGCCGGCGGCGAGCUGGGCGGGCCGCGGACUUGCAAGCUGAUAACGUCGCUGAUGUUCGUCUCGCUGUGGCUCAUUUACAUCCUGCUGGCUUCACUGGAGGCCUACUGCCAUAUACCAGGGUUUUAAAUGGAGAGGGGGGACGAGUCGAGGGAGAGAGACCCACUGCCAAUAUGGAGAGAGAGAGAGCGAGAGAGAGAGAGGGAGGGAUGGGGAGUCUUCAGGGAGGUUGGAGCAGAGGUGCAUCGAUGUAUUCAGCUUUUCAUUGGAUGUUUUUUCUCCCUUUUUUUUGGAAAAAGAGCCUCGUGAAACUCUCCAAUGAUGUCCAAACAUAUUCUCAGCAUCCUUUUUUUUUUUAGGCGGGAACACUUCCAGGACACACAAAAUUGAAAUUUUCUUGACGUAAAGAGUCACUUCUAUCCUCAACAGUGGACAUUACAGUUGAUAAAAGGCAGAAGGGGAGAUAAUCAGAAGGGAAAAGCCGAGAGGAAGGUGAUAGGAAAGUCGAGAAAGGAAGCAACGAAGCGACAGAGAAGAGAAGAAGAAUAGACGGUCAACAACCCCUCCCGACUCCCUCUCUCGCUCCCUCCAUCUUUACAAUAUCGUCAUGGAAACAGUGGAUCCUCCCAUCAUCACCUUUGAACUCUAACACUAUCAGUGACUUAUUACUUUUUCUCCCCACACACACACACACACACACACACUCACCUCCCACCAACUUGCAGGCGAGACAUGAAGACUGACCACCUUUUAUUUUCCUUCCUGGAUACACUGUGCAAAAAAAUAGUCCCUCCACCUUCC